AUGAAUUUGACUUCGAUUUCAGGUCAAAGUUUUAUUGCUGGUAAGUCUAAAGUAAUGUAAUGUGAUUUGUAUUGUUAUAGGUUUUCUAACGUUUUUUAAUAGCAAGAACUUUCUUUACAAAACAAAAAGUAGCAAGAACUUUCUUUACAAAACAAAAGAUAGCAAGAACUUUCUUUACAAAACAAAAAGUAGCAAGAACUUUCUUUACAAAACAAAAGAUAGCAAGAACUUUCUUUACAAAACAAGAAAUCGCAAAAACUUUCUUUGCAAAACAAAAAGUAGCAAGAACUUUCUUUACAAAACAAAAAAUAGCAAGAACUUUCUUUACAGGACAAAAAAUGACAAGAACUUUCUUUACAAAACAAAAAAUGGAAAAAACUUUUUUUACAAAGCAAAGAGUGACAAGAACUUUCUUUACAGCCUAAGCCAUGUCAAAAUUUGUUUAAAAAUGUGAUUUCAGGUGUACUGCUGGUCCUACUAACAGUUCUACCAUAUAUUCCAAGCGCUCCAGCUGAUCCUAUAGCCGAGCUUCUUCAUAGUCUCAAUUCUUCCUUAAAUGGUAACUUUAUCGUAUGAUGUUGAUAACCAAACUACAGCUUUUGUUUUUACUACGAUUGAUCGAACGUUAUUUCAGAUGGCCAACAUGAUCAACGUGAAAUUGUUGACACAACACUGUCGAUUGAGGAAAAAGAGGCUUUAGAGAUAGAUAGGAAAAAUGCUGUUUUUUGUAAGUUAAUAUAAUGAAGAGGUAAUGACAUAUGUUAGUGUUUUACAGUAGUGUAAGGUGAGUUUAAGGCAAGGGAUUAGGAAGGUGCGUAGGGCGAUGAAAUGGUACGAUAGAGGUAUGACAUAUUAACAGUGAGAGUAUGGUAGGGUAGGGUAGGGUAGGGUAGGGUAGGGUAGGGUAGGGUAGGGUAGGGUACGGUACGGUAGUCUACGGUAGUGUACGGUAGUGUAGGGUAGGGUAGUCUACGGUAGUGUAGGGUAGGGUAGGGUAGGGUAGGGUAGGGAGGGUAGGGUAGGGUAGGAUAGGGUAGGGUAGGGUAGGGUAGGGUAGGGUAGGGUAGGGUAGGGUAGGGUAGUGUAUAAUAAAAUUUUAAAUUUUUUAGUUUCGUGGCUUAUGUUUAUUAUCGUAGUAAUUGGCACCUGUCUACAGCCAGCAUUAUGUUCCUUUGGCAUUUAA